AUGUGUAAUGAAGCGCAAAUUCCUGUGCUUGAUGAAGACCAAAUGGGCCAAAUCGAUGAGUCCUCGGUUACUGUCUUCUACAAUAAUGUAUACUUAAAUAAAGAGCCUCUUCACCAAGCGCAAGGUGGUCUUUGGGAUCCUAUAUUGGUUGUUGACUGUUGCCAUUGGUGUGAGCUGACAGAUGGUGUUAAUAGUGUGGACGUUGAUGGUGGUGGAUGGUUAGUUAUUUCUGAAGGCUGGGGUUCUAUACAGUUGGUAUGUGAAAUAACCCAGUCAGACACAGCUAAAAUACUGUCUGUAAAGUCUGUAUUUGUGUCAGGCAGGCUUUGUGUCUUCUAUUAG